AACUUCGUAAGAAAAUAUCUCGAGAAAUCUAUGAAAAUAGAAUUGGCUCUCAACAAGCAAAUCGGUGUUUUACGACCAAUCACAAGUUUCAUGUUGGACGCAAUAUUCAUACUGGAAAUUAUGAUCAAAAAUUCCUCUAUCAACCGGUACCUACUUCAGAAAUCCCUACUGAAAACUUUUUCAAAUAUAAAAGUUCAGGAUCUUCUCAGGAAUUUGUGAAUUAGGCAGGACUCCUUGUUGUACAGAAUAACAAGCAGCGAGUCAAUUUUCAUCCAUUUGAUCGAGAAUGUGAACUAUUCUAACUAAAAAUAUAAAAAUGUGGGAGAUAAAAAAGAUGCAGGGUCGUUUAUCUGCUUGGCUAGUCAAGCACGCGAUAAUUCAUAGAUCUUUGGGCUUUGAUUAUCAAGGAAUAGAGACUUUACAAAUAAAGCCCGAGGAUUGGCAUUCUAUUGCCGUCAUUUUAUACGUAUAUGGUUACAAUUAUCUACGCUCCCAAUGUGCCUAUGAUGUAGCACCUGGUGGACUGUUAGCUAGUGUGUAUCAUCUUACCAGAAUAGAGUAUGGUGUGGAUCAACCAGAAGAGGUAUGCAUAAAAGUAUUUGCCUCGAGGAGGAAUCCUAGAAUUCCGUCCGUUUUCUGGGUUUGGAAAAGCGUGGAUUUUCAAGAACGAGAAUCCUAUGAUAUGUUGGGAAUCUCUUAUGAUAAUCAUCCGCGCUUGAAACGUAUUUUAAUGCCUGAAAGUUGGAUAGGAUGGCCCUUGCGUAAGGAUUAUAUUUCCCCCAAUUUUUAUGAAAUACAAGAUGCUCUGGUGAUCAUUUUGCUUUACCAGCUUCAGUCUUAG